CCCGAGUCCAUCUCGAACCAGAAGCGUGGCGUGAAGGUGCUGAAGCAGGAGCUGGGCGGGCUAGGCAUCAGCAUCAAGGGGGGCAAGGAGAACAAGAUGCCCAUCCUCAUCAGCAAGAUCUUCAAGGGGCUGGCGGCGGACCAGACCCAAGCCCUGUACGUGGGCGACGCCAUCCUGUCGGUGAACGGCGCCGACCUGCGGGACGCCACCCACGACGAGGCGGUGCAGGCGCUGAAGCGCGCGGGCAAGGAGGUGCUGCUGGAAGUGAAGUACAUGAGAGAAGCCACACCCUACGUGAAGAAAGGCUCCCCUGUGUCGGAGAUUGGAUGGGAAACGCCUCCGCCCGAAUCCCCGCGGUUAGGGAGUGGCUCCUCGGACCCUCUGGCAUCGUCCUCGCAGCCCUUCUCCUUCCACAGAGACCGGAAGAGCAUCCCCCUCAGGAUGUGCUACGUCACUCGGAGUAUGGCCCUGGCCGACCCAGAGAACAGGCAGCUUGAAAUCCACUCUCCAGAUGCUAAGCACACGGUGAUCCUAAGGGGCAAGGACUCAGCCACUGCCCAGGCCUGGUUCAGUGCCAUCCACUCCAACGUCAGUGACCUGCUGACCCGAGUGAUUGCCGAGGUCAGAGAGCAACUGGGGAAAACAGGCAUUGCUGGCAGCCGAGAGAUCAGGCACCUUGGCUGGCUUGCAGAAAAGAAGCUGAAUAUGGACAACUCCUACCUCGUGACGGGAACAGGAAGUUGGAGCCAUGGGUGCGUGAAGAGUGUCCACGAGGGAGCACAUAGGUCGCAGGCCUCUGGGCCCUUUAAGCAACACCAGUUAGAUAAGUUAACAGUGUUUAUUGGAGACCUAAGGCACCUAGAUAUGCUCUCCCUCAACAGGCUGGUCCAUUCAGGUCCAGGGAAAGGAUCUCCCCAGACUGGUGUGGAUCUGUCCUUUGCAACACGAACGGGUACCAGGCAGGGGAUUGAAACGCACCUCUUCAGGGCUGAAAUCAGCAGGGACCUCUCCCACUGGACCAGGAGCAUAGUACAGGGCUGCCACAACUCAGCUGAACUCAUUACCGAAGUCACCACAGCUUGCACCUACAGAAACCAGGAGUGCCGUCUGACCAUACAUUAUGACAAUGGAUUUUCUAUUACCACUGAACCACAGGAGGGUGCCUUUCCCAAGACAAUCAUACAGGCCCCAUAUGAAAAGUUGAAAAUGUCUUCAGAUGAUGGAAUCAGGAUGCUGUAUUUAGAUUUUGGAGGCAAAGAUGGAGAGAUUCAACUGGACCUUCAUUCCUGCCCCAAGCCAAUUGUUUUCAUCAUUCAUUCCUUCCUGUCAGCUAAAAUCACAAGACUGGGCCUGGUGGCCUGAACAGAGGCGCGACUUGCCUUUGAGGGAAGGAGGGCUGCGAUGCCACCAGGAAGUGUGCCAUCGAUGUCGCAUGCCACAGUCGGCUUUAGAUCCCGGGAGCCCUGCGUAACUGUCCCAGACUCCUCUUGUCAAUUUCACCAACUACAAGGAGGAAUCCUAAGAAAACACCACAGGGAGCAUCAGAAUCAAACUGUCUUUUUAGAGCAGUAAACGGGUAAAGAGGAGAGGGCGGUUGGAAAUACUCGGCAUAGCUUUUGACAAUCAAGGACGUUCCAGUAGAACAGCAUGUGCAGAUCUUAAUCACACCAGUUUCUAGGCAACUGGUUCACCCAGGUAAGCAAGGGCUGAAUAGCAAGAUGAGAAAUGGACAUUUUCCUCUCUCCUGUCCGGUAAUGACCCCAUGUUUAUUGUGAUUUAUCUCCUACUUUUGAGUUCAUUUUCCAUGGAAAGGAGAGAGAAGUACUUUAAAUGGAAACCCACCUUUUAAGUAUGAAGCACCUCUUACUUUUUCUUAGUGAAUUAUCUUUCGAUGAUGUAGAAAGAUGCUGAAGUGUUCCAUUAGCAUAUGCUGAGCAGGAAUUGAAGCCCCAGACACUGAUCUGAGUGGUAAGCUGGUGGAAGCGGAGACUGAAAGAUGCUUAAUUCUGGGCUGCACUCACACCAAGGUCUGCCAUUGUAGAGCCAAGACUGAUAGCGUUAUUUAUAGAAAGCAAAUUAUGGAUACUUUUUUUAACGAUUGCCAUUUGAUAGAUACAUAUAUAUACACAAGUCAUGUGGGGUUAACUAAUUAUCAUCAUUCUGUGGUUUUCAGUGGAAGCACUGAGCAAUUUAUUGACCCUUGUUCCUGCCUGUGCUUGUAUGCAUGUAUUUUUGAACCAGUAAUAGAGCAGCCUCAUAUCAUUCUGGAUGAUGCUGGGUUUCACAUAUAGACCCAAUGUUAUAAUCAAAUCUAUUGAUAGCGUCCACAGCUCUUUCGGAAUUCCAGGGAAAUAAUAUAAUGACCUGAUAUUUUUCUACAAGAAUAUUUUCAGACACCACAUAACAUAUUACUGAUCAAAUGCUUUUAUCUUUUAAAACAAAUUAAUUAAAAAGACACCUAAUACUUGAUUAAGGAGCCACUUUCCUCAAACCCUGAAAAUAAGCUCUAGAAUUUCUAUAAGCAUUUGUAACCUUUUUUUCCCAUACAGUUUACAUAGACAAAUAGUCUGGGUUAGAUAUGUGUGUGUGUUUUUUUCAAAGUUGUAUUUUGGCAAAUACCUAUCCUAUGCAAAGAGCUUUAAAAAGUGGAAACUGUUAAAGGAAUGUGAUUUGCUCACUCAGACAUAAGUGUUUAUUCAAUUGCAAAACUUUAUUUUAGAUCAGCGCUUCCCCAAUAUGUAUCGUGUCACACUAGUUCCAAGGGGCACUGAGUGGUGUUUUGUGGGGGUGGCACUAAGAGGUUGGGAAUAAAAAAUGUUUGUUAAAUAUGGAGUUAAGAAAAGUUAAACAGAUUGCAGGCCUCCUCGGAGACUUCAAUUUACAUUGCAGUUCUCCAAGGGGGAUCCAUGUGCCAUUCCCUACAUUUGCCUACAGAACUCCUUUCUAACAGAGCAUCCUGGGAAGUUUGUGUUACAAAAACAACAACAACAAAAACAAAAACAAAACAAAACAUAGGACAUCCUGGGAAGCUCUUGUUAAAAGGAAAAAACAAACAAAAAAACUGUGGAAAAUACAGUUUUAGAACCUAGAUGGUAUUUUUUUUUUUUUUUGGUUUCUUAUUUUAAAAUGCUGAAGAGUGUCAAGUCCCAGGCUGACUAUGUAAGAAAAGCUUUGAUGCAUUUGUAAAUUAUACUGCACUCUUUCAUUAUAUAUUUUCAAAAUCACUGGAAUGUUAUACAAGAGAAUUAUACUUGUGAUUGUAAAUAACGUGUUAAAUUACAUAUAUUAAUGCCAAUAGUUUAAUUCAACAAUAUGUAAUCUAAGGUGCUCAGUAGUAUAUGAAGUAUGAGUUACUCAUAAUUAAGUUGCAAAGAUCCUAUUAUAUAUUUAUAGACAAAGUAAAAUGAUCACAAUUACAAAUAUGAUUUCUUCAUCACUUAAGUUUUGGACUGAUUAAUAUCUGGGUGGGGAAUCAACAGAAACUACAUUCUCUGCAUUUAUAAAAACUUAAUAUAUUUAUAUUUUAGAAAAAAAUAUAUUUGAAUAAAAUUAAUGCAUUUUCUGAA